AUGUGCCCCGUGUCGUCAACGAAAAGUCCGAUGCGACCGAGCCAAGCCAUGCAGACAAAUCGUUAUGCGCGUCUUGCUCGAGAGACAUCGAAUCCUGUCAGCAGCAGUGGCAGCCCCCAGCGAGCAGAUGGAGUUCAGAUUAGCAAUCCCCCUGAAGUCACCCAUUCGCCUGAGGCCCCGUCCCGCACUGCAACAACACACAUACAAGGCACCAUCUCGAAGACGAGGGUAUUCGGGAACGGCCAUUGGAUGAACACGUUCUCUCAGUUGGAGACUUUGUCUGUCCUGCAGCCCAUUGGAGACCUGUACGAGGCAAUCAUCCAACAUCCGAGUCACGGUCCUCUGAACAGCAUCACGGACAGAAUCACCCAGUGCAAGAUAUUAGGCCGGAGAAUCAAAAGCCAAUAUCCAAGUCGUGGCUCUCUCCCUGCGGAAAUUUAUCAUUCGCUUCCCGACCUCCAAGUGGUUAAUGAAUCGAUUCGGCUCUACUUUACCACAUUUGAAACAUGCUAUCGAGUCCUUCACUAUUCAUCGUUUAUGGCCGAAUAUGAGAACUCGCUUAUAAAUCCUAAAGGCUCGGAAAGUUCCAUUCUGCUCCAAGCUCUCCUCGUUGUUGCCAUUGCCGGACCUUUCUUUGAGAACAUCGAUGCCCGCAACGACGUGGCUGCAAAGGCCCACACGUGGAUCCAUACCGCCCAGACAUGGCUCUCUGCACCGCUGGAGAAGGAUCGCUUAACUUUGAGAGGCAUCCAAGUUCACUGCCUUCUCCUCCUUGCCCGUCAAGUAAACCGAGUUGGAGCCGAUCUGAUUUGGAUUUCGGCGGGCUCGUUGCUGAGAAUGGCCAUGCAGAUGGGAUUGCAUCAAGACCCAACAUUCAUGGGCGAGAUGAGCCCUAAGCGAAGGGAAACCCGUCGACAACUCUGGUACGCCAUACUGGAAUUUAAUGUGCAGGCAGCAUUGGACUCGGGGAUGUUGCCGAUGAUUGCCAUUGGGGAUUGGACUACUCAGCCGCCGAGCGACAAGGACCCCAACAUUGCAGGUGACGAGAAUAGUAGCGAAAAGGUCAUCAAUUUCCAGCCAAUAUUGUCCAAAUCAAUUUCCCUCCGACUUCGUGCCACCAGAAUCAUCAACAGUCUCCUGGAACAACCAUCCUACGAUCAGAUCCUCGAAAUAGGAAACGAACUCGCCUUAACUUGUCGUGACGUUGCCAUUGCAAUCGACCAAGCUGUCUCAGAUCCCCGGACAAAAUUCGCAACCAGCCUGUGUAGUCACUUGAUCCGUCGCUUUUCCUUAUGCCUUCACUACCAAUAUGCCAUCAAGGCAAAGGUAAAUCCUCUCUACACAUACUCUCGCCACGUCGGUGUUGAGGCGGCGUUGGAUAUCGUCUCACUCCUCGAAGAUGAUCUCUAUAGCCGCGUACUUUGCUGCGGCGGUGGAAUGUUUCGCGAUAUCGUGACACGGGGAGCAAUGCUCAUUUUUCUUGAUUUUGGCUCAGACCGGGAAGCGGAGAGCUCAAUGUUUGCGAGGAAAAGAGACCUUGCACGUCAGGAGAACUUGCUGCGAGAUGCUCGCUCCGUGGUGCAACACGCCAAGGAUAGAAUCCGCCACGGAGAAACGAAUGUCAAGAUUUAUGUCUUUUUCAGGAUGAUGAUGGCCCAGGCAGAGGCUCAUCUGGCUAGGUUGCCCGAGAAGGAGGCAAUCUCGAAAUCUCUUAAUGAGAGUGUGGAUGAAUGCCAUGCUAUCCUGAAGGAGAUGGCUGCCAAGGUACCAGAUGCGACGAGUCCGGAGGGUCAAUCCGGGACAGAUGCUAUGGUGUCCUCGCUGGAAGGGGUGGUGAAUUUAGAUGACAAUUUCGACUGGAUGAAUGAUGGGGAGCUUGACUUUGACUUUUCCGACUUUCAGGUCCUUUCACAGUGGUAA